AGACACGAGAGGCGCGCCGUGCGCUGUCACAAUGUGGGCGCGGGCAUACGUAGGAAAUUCGGCGCGCGAAAGCUGAAGCCGGAAGUAAGGAGCUGAGGGGAGAAGUCGGCCAGUCCCUCGAUCAAACUACUCGCAGCAUCUUUAAACAUCCUCUUUUGAUAUGGCAGACCCGAAGGACCAGGAGGAGCCCGAAACCACUGCAGAUACCACAGAGGACUCUAAUCAUGAUCCCCAAUUCGAGCCCAUCGUGUCCCUUCCUGAGCAGGAUGUGAAAACAUUAGAAGAGGAUGAGGAGGAACUCUUUAAAAUGCGGGCUAAACUAUAUCGUUUUGCCUCUGAGAACGACCCACCAGAGUGGAAGGAGAGGGGAACCGGUGAUGUGAAGCUGCUGAAACACAGAGAGAAGGGCACAAUCCGCCUCCUGAUGAGGAGAGACCGAACCUUGAAGAUCUGUGCCAACCAUCACAUUAUGCCUAGCAUGGACCUGAAGCCCAACGCUGGCAGUGACAGGGCGUGGGUGUGGAACACACUUGCAGAUUAUGCUGACGAAAGCCCCAAACCUGAAUUCCUGGCAAUACGGUUUUUAAAUGCGGAAAAUGCUCAGAAGUUCAAGGGGAAGUUUGACGAGUGUAAGGAGGAGGUCAGAAAAAGUCUAGUGGAUACAGGCGACACUGAUAGCGCUAACAAAGUGGCAGAGAAGCUGGAGGAGCUCUCCGUCAAAGAAAAGGCAUCAGAAGAAAACAAGACGGAGGUGAAAAAGGAGUCUGAGAAGAAAGAAGACGAGAAGGAGGUGAAGGCUGAGGAGAAGAAUUGAGAACCAAGAACUUGCUUUGCUGAUCUUCAACUUAUCAGUCUUUCCUCUUUUCUACAAUAGACUCUAAACGAACUGAAUUUGGACACUUGCAUAUUAUUAGUAUUUUUUUUUAUUAUCUGUUUUGCCUCAAGAUCACAAGUCAUCGAUACCACUGGGGGGGGGGGGGGGGGAUACAAGAUAGUGAAUUUAAGAAAACUAAAAGCCCAUUCCUUUCCCUGUUUGCACCAUGGAUUGCCACGCUUUCCAUCCUCCAUCUACAGUACCGUGUUACAAACUGUAAAAGAGGCUUGUGACGGUGUCGAUUCCCACAUUGGGGUAUUUCUCUUGUUUUGUUAUUCUGAAGCAGUUUGUUUGUAGUGGGGGGGGGGGGGGAGGGAGAAGACAAUGUAGCCUGCUUGAUAGCAGCACAGGGUCAGGGACCAGGCAUUAUGGAGAUGCACUGACUUAAGUUCCUCACCAAGGAAAAUUGAGUUUCAUAAUAACAUUCCCAGACUGUAAGCAUGUAACUUGAGUGUGCCCUAUCUGAUCUGUGUGCUCACCACCCUCUCCUUUUCUUUCCACUAGUUGAGUUCUUAACCUCGCCUCUCUAAAGUGCAUCUAAGUGCCAGUGCAUCUGUAAAUACAUGUAUAUGGAUGAAAUGUUGCUUUUCAUUUACACUCAAAUGAUUGGAAAUGUUUCCGCCACCUUCGAAUAAAAGCUGUCAAAGACCA